AUGGACUGUCAAGUACCAACAUCUCAGACAGCCGCCGAGAUUCACAAUCCGGGCCCUAAUGCCAAAAUCGUGAUCCGACACGAUGUAGCUGUUGCGGCCCCAGGGCCGGAUGAGGUGCUCAUAAAGUUACAUUUCAGUGGUAUUUGCCAUUCGGACAUUCGUGCCUAUCUUGGAUGGGGUGCGUAUGAAGCUAUUGUCGGCCACGAGGGUGUUGGCACGGUGGUCAAGGUUGGCCGCAACGUUGACCCAUCUGUUCUCGGUCAACGUGUGGGAAUCAAAUGGCUCCACAGCGCCUGCGAUGGUUGCUCGGCAUGCUCCAAGGGGUUUCCGAACAACUGCUGCCGACAGAAUAACACCGGCCGCAAUGUUCCUGGCACGCUGCAGCAAUUCGCCGUGGCGAACGCCAAACACAUGACCAAAAUCCCGCCCGGACUCCCUGGAGAAAUUGCAGCCCCCUUGCUCUGCGCCGGAUUGACAAUGGCUGGGGCCAUCUCGAAGCUUGAGGGGGACCUCGAGGCCGGAGACUGGGUGGUGAUAUCUGGCUCUGGCGGCGGGCUAGGCCACAUGGGCGUACAGAUCGCGAGCUUGAAAGGGUUGCGAGUCAUCGCAGUGGAUAGCGGGGAGGGCAAACGCAGCCUAAGCCUAGACUCCGGGGCCGAGGUUUUCAUCGACUAUAAGACGAUGGAUGUGGAAAAGGAGGUAAAGGCCCUGACCGGAGAAGGAGCCUCCGCUGUUGUGGUCGUUCCGGGUUCGGAAGAGGCGUUCAAUCUUGCCCCGAAGCUAGUCCGAAACAUGGGCGUGAUCGUUUGCGUGGGCCUGCCUCGGAACGAUUUCAAUCUUCCGAUAUCUGCGACCAUGUGUUCGGCAAGGGGACUCGUGAUCAAAGGUGUGUCGGUUGGCACAGAGGAGCAGAUGGACCAGCUUCUUCAGCAAGCACUUGAAGGCAAACUUCGGCCUUUGGUUGAGGUUUUUGACUUUGAGCAAGUUUCAAAUGUUUUCGAUAGACUGAGGGAUGAUGGUGUAACGGGCAGGGCUGUGGUAAGAAUUCCGCAGUGA